CACAAACCCUUUAAAUCUGUCAUCUCUUUUCAAAAAGCUCGCUCUCGGACGAUGAUAAAUGGCGAACGGUCUUGACAUUUCGUGCUAUUAUCAAAAUGUUGAAUUCUGUUAUCGGUUGUUAUUAUUUACGUUUUAUAAAUAAAACAAGAUGGUUUUUCGCGUAAUUCAGAUUCUUGUGCCUACGAACUUGCCGUGUGCAGUGAUCGGACAGUGAAAACAUUGAGGGAAUACACCUAUUCAAGUGGGUCAAAUAAUUACAAAUAUUAAAGAGAAUUGUGUAUAAAAUAAUCAUUUAUGUACAUUUAACAACUCUUGAAAUCAUAAAGGAUGCUGUGAAAAUACUCUGCACCUCAGUUUUGAUUGAUAAAAUGGAUAUUUUGUGAGUUGAAAUUGAGCAGUGUUUUUUUUCGUAAAUAAGUUAUGAAGUGAAUUUACGUGCGAUAAUACUUAAUUAUAAUAGGUGAAAAUUGUUUAUAAAUUUGUGGUGUUUGUAGAUCUUAGUUUGGAGUGUGUGUUUAGAUAAUUUCCAAACAUUUCGCAGUUAAUAGCAAUUUGUGGCGUUGUAAAAUAGACCACAAAGUGUUAACCACAGGUUUAAGAACUCUAUCGUUGCCAAAGAGUGAUUUAAAAAAAGUUUUAAUAUAUAUUUUGGCGCCAAAUAAAAACAAUAUCGAGAAAUUGAUUUGUUUCAUCGUGAUAUGAAUUUGUAUUUUGAAAAUUAAAAUGGUGACGAUGAAUUCUUCGGAAAAGGCGGCAUCUAAGGCCUGUCAGCAGGGGCCAUCCAGAGACAACUCGAAGUGUAUAAAAGAAGAGAAAGAGAAGGAUCGAGACAAGAAGGACAAUGCUACGUCGAGCCUGCCGCCCGGGGUGCAGGCGCUCAUGUCCACCAUCCCCUCGCCCGAGGAGUCACCCAACUAUCUUGUGUAUAAGAAGAUGGAGGCUAUCAUAGAGAAGAUGCAGGACGAGAACACGGGCGUACCCGUGCGCACUGUCAAGAGCUUCAUGACCAAAAUACCCUCAGUAUUCACAGGCUCAGACCUAGUAGCGUGGCUGACUCGUCACCUCAGCCUCGAGGAGACGUGGGAGGCGCUGCACGUGGCACACCUACUCGCCGCACACGGGUAUCUGUUCCCCAUAGACGACCACUGCCUCACCGUCAAGAACGACAACACUUACUACAGGUUCCAGACGCCAUACUUCUGGCCAUCCAAUCAAUGGGAACCAGAGAACACUGACUAUGCGGUGUAUCUAUGCAAGCGAACGAUGCAGAACAAGGCCCGGCUGGAGCUGGCAGACUACGAGGCGGAGUCUCUCGCUCGCCUUCAGAACAUGUUCAGCAGGAAGUGGGAGUUCAUAUUCAUGCAGGCCGAGGCGCAGAGCAAGGUGGAUAAGAAACGCGACAAGCUAGAACGCAAAGUGCUGGACAGUCAGGAGAGAGCAUUCUGGGAUGUACACCGACCCAUGCCGGGCUGCGUGAACACCACUGAGAUGGACCCCAAGAAGCUGUCCCGCAUCAACGCUCUCAAAGCGAAGAGACUGCGCCAAUGCCAGGAGCUCAUCCUGCAGCAUAACCUCAAGAAUAACCCGAUUGUGACGAUCACGAACCCACAAGAAAGUGAAGAGGAAAUACAAAAGAAAACUACAGACCACAGCAUCAAGGAGAACGGAGAAACAUCCCAACCCGAGAUCACAGUGACAUGCUUACCCGAGUCGGGAGUCAAACCCCCGGCCACAGUGGAGCAGCAGAUCGAAGCAGCCAAGCGACAGGUCGCCAUGCUGCGAGCCAGGCUCGAGAGACGCAACGUGCGAGUCAGCAAGGUGGCUGACAUGUUCAUAGCAUACUGCGAGCAGUACGCGGAGUACGACGCGUUCCUGACGCCGCCCGAGUGGCCCAACCCCUGGACCAGCGACACCACCGACAUGUGGGACCAGGAGAAACAGUGUAAGGAGCCGCUGCCGCUGCGCCGCGUCCGUCGCUGGUCGUUCUCCCUGCGCGAGCUGCUGCAGGACGUCGCCGGCCGCGACCACUUCGCCAAGUUCCUCAGCAAGGAGUUCAGCGGGGAGAACCUCAAAUUCUGGCUGUCAGUGCAGGAGCUGAAAGCUUUGCCGAUCCGUCGCGUGUCGACACGAGCUAAGGAGAUCUGGAAGGAGUACCUCGCGGCCGACGCACCCUCGCCUAUCAACAUUGAUGCUGCUAGCAGGGAGCUAACUCGACAAAAGGUGGAAUCAGGCACCGCCGACAGAUACUGCUUCGAUCAAGCUCAGGCCCAUGUGUAUCACCUGAUGAAGUCCGACAGUUACUCGCGGUAUCUGCGCUCCGAGAUGUACAAGGACUAUCUCAACGGAUCCAAGAAAAAGACAUCAGUGAAAGGGAUUCGCUCAAUUGUAUCGUUCACGGCGCGUAAAGAAACAUCAACUAAUUAAAGAACUACUCCCUUUGUUUUACCAAGGAAACAUCACUCCCUUUGUCCUAAGAAACAUGACUCCUAUACUUCUAAAGAAGGGGAAGAUGACUCCCAUACGUCGUGAAAGCGUAACAUGACUCCUAUACGUGUUAAAAAGGGAAUAUUACUCCUUUGGUUCUCUAAAAGGAACAUUCCUUUUGUUCAAAAUAAGGAACAGUACUUCUUAUAAACAAACGAACUAAACUCCUAUUGUUCUUAAAAGGAAACAUGACUCCUUUACUACCGAUCCCAAUAAUGAAUCCAUCUGUUGUUUUGCCUACUGAAGAUAGGAAUUUGAUAUUACUUGUAUGUAGGGCUGCUAUUCGUCCGGGUUUCCCCUAAUUAAUAAUAAUAAUUAAUUGCUAAUUUCUAAAUUCUAUCUUUAGUAAGCAAAUGACGAGAUAGAUCGAAUAUUGGAAACGGUUCAACUCUACUAAGGCAUUAGUGUGCCGGAAUUGAUAAUACUCAUUGUUGAAAUAAGAAUUAUUACUAAAAUCUAUGAAAAUGUAUGAAUUUCAAAACGGUCAAGUGCGAAAAGGUUAAAUGAAGGAUACAUGUUUUAAAUGAAGUUAGUAAAAAAAAAUUGCUACCAAUUUCUAUUCUAACUAUUUUAUUUAAAAAUGUAUGUAAGUAUGAAUCUAUCUGUAAUGUGUAUAAAAUAUAUAUUUAUAUACCUUCUCAUCAGCCAAGCCUUUUCCCAACUAUGUUGAUGUUUUUCCAAUAUAGUUGGGAAAAGGACUCUAUUCGCGAUAUAUAGCUCAAUGAAAGUAUAUAUUAUUAUGUCAUUUCAAAAUUAUUCUUCUUUGAAAUUCUUCCUUAUGCGGAGAAAUACUGCAAACAUGUAUAACUUAUUAUAUGUAAAAUAUCUUAUAUAUCAACUUUAAAAGUUCAGAAACAUAUGUAUUUAAUCAAUAUUGUGAUCUUUCUAAAGUAAAGAAAAUCAUAGCAGUACCUUGUCUAAAUUAGAUACUAGAUAUUAAUGAUAAUUAAUCAUUUUAUUAUUAAAAAAAUACUUAACUCAUUUUAUUCAUUCACUCUCCAUACCAAAUCCCAUCUGAAUCUGUUCAGCCAUUUUACCGU